AUACCCAAAAUUAGCAAAAACAAAAAAACAUUCAACUCGUUAAAACUCUUCCUCCUCCAUCCAUCCAUUAAAUCCCCUUCUCCUUCUCUUCUCUUUUCACUUCUCUCACUCUCUUUUUUUUUUAUAUAUUCUCUCUUCCGAUUUGUUUCUUCUGACGACUAAGUUCUUCUCUCUGAUUCGCGUAUUCGUUAAGAAACAUUAUCAAGAAAGUGAAAUUAAAAAAAAAAUGCAGGAAGAGACUGAUCCUACUUAUGGUGAGAUUGAGAUAAGUUUUGGUUAUCAAUGCAAUAAUAAUAAGAUAGGGAUUCCUGAAGAUAGUGUUCCUGAUGGCCGUGAGGUUCUUGCUGGGUUUAGGCUUCAAAAGACUAGCAGUUUCUCUUGUUUAUCUGGAGCUGCUUUAAGCGGCAACCCUACCUUAGCCAAUACCAAUAUCUGCAAUGGAGUGAUUGGUUCUGAGAUUUUGCCUUCUCUAGAUUCUCCUAAAUCUUUCAGGAAAGUUCCAUCUUCCCCUGCGCUUUCUAAGCUUGACAUACUCUCUCCUUCUCUUCAUGGAAGCAUGGUGAGUCUUAGCUGCAGCUCGUCUACUAGUCCGAGCCCUCCUGAUCCUGAAUCUUGUUACUUGACGUCAUUGAGUUCUCCUUCUUCUGUGAAUGAAAGUUUUCUCUCUGCCAUGGAAGUUCAAGUUGCGGGAGGUGCUGCAGGGGAAGAUAGGGUUCAAGCUGUCUGCUCUGAGGAGAACGGUUGGCUCUUUUGCGCUAUAUAUGAUGGAUUCAAUGGGAGAGAUGCUGCUGAUUUCUUGGCUUGUACUUUGUAUGAGUCCAUUGUGUUCCAUCUCGAGUUGCUUGAUCGCCAGAUGAAGCAAAGCCUUACCAAGUCCGAUGAUGAUGUCGAAAAGUUGGAGUUGUUGUCAAAUAUAAGUAAAAUAGACUACUCUUCCUCUGAUUUGUUCAGACAAGGAGUGCUAGAUUGCUUAAACCGUGCGCUGUUUCAGGCGGAAAACGAUUUCUUGAGAAUGGUUGAGCAAGAAAUGGAAGAAAGACCGGACUUAGUAUCCGUGGGAUCUUGCGUUUUGGUCACUCUCCUUGUCGGGAAGGAUCUCUACAUCCUUAAUCUAGGUGAUAGCAGAGCUGUUCUAGCGACCUACAAUGGUAAUAAGAAGCUGCAAGCUGUUCAGCUCACAGAGGAUCAUACAGUUGAUAACGAAGUCGAAGAAGCUAGACUCUUAAGUGAGCAUCUUGAUGAUCCCAAAAUCGUUAUUGGUGGAAAAAUCAAAGGAAAGCUUAAAGUUACUCGUGCUCUAGGAGUUGGUUACUUGAAGAAGGAGAAACUGAACGAUGCACUGAUGGGAAUUCUCCGUGUACGUAACCUUUUGAGCCCGCCUUACGUUUCCGUGGAACCAUCGAUGAGAGUUCACAAGAUAACGGAAUCAGAUCACUUUGUUAUAGUUGCAAGUGAUGGUUUGUUCGAUUUCUUCAGUAACGAGGAAGCGAUUCUACUCGUACAUUCCUUCAUUUCUACUAAUCCUUCUGGUGAUCCUGCUAAGUUUCUACUUGAACGUCUUGUAGCUAAAGCUGCUGCUCGCGCUGGCUUCACGUUGGAAGAGUUGAUGAAUGUUCCGGCUGGUAGGAGACGGAGAUAUCAUGACGAUGUGACUAUAAUGGUAAUCACUCUCGGUACCCAUCAACGUACCUCAAAGGCUUCUACGUUCGUGUGAUUUUUUAUGAUGAUGGCGACAAAAUGUAAUUAGUCUCAUUUUAGACUAUGGAACUGGUCUUCAAUUUUUAGUUCACUGGAAUUAUUUCAAUGUAUAUAAUAUAUUAUUGUAGUUUUGGGGUUUUUAAACGGCUAGAGACCUAGAAUUCAUCAAGUUUGUCUACGUCAACCAUAUGUUCUGUUUCGUUUUGGGCUAGUCGGUUUGGUUUGUAACCAAGAUGUUGUAGGAGAUGUUGUGUACCUCUGAAAAAGCCAAAUUUUCAGACC